CCCACCAAAAAGUUCAACCAUUUCUUUCUCUCUCUCUCCUCACUUUCUUUCUCUAACUAUACUAUGGCUGCCUCUACAUGUUGUUCCUCCACUCCUUGCAAACACCACUCCCCUAGUCUCCCCAAACCCUACAAUUCCUCUUCUUUCCCCUCCCAUUUGCCCCUCAAGUUCCGCAAAUUUACGUCCCGUGCCACCGCCGCCGCCACCGUCUUCUGCACCCUCGCCCACGACGCCGCCGCCGCCGUCGUAAUGCAGGAGGCGCCGCCGAGUCUCGAUCUCCCCCGGCCCGACUCCUUCGGGAGGUUCGGGAAGUACGGAGGCAAGUACGUCCCCGAGACUCUCAUGUACGCCCUCUCCGAGCUCGAGACCGCCUUCCGUUCCCUCGCCGGAGACCCCGACUUCGAGAGAGAGCUAGAUGGGAUUUUGAAGGACUACGUUGGUCGGGAGAGUCCUCUCUAUUUCGCGGAGCGGCUGACCGAGCAUUACAAACGUCCUGAUGGUGAAGGGCCACACAUUUACUUGAAGAGGGAAGAUCUCAAUCACACUGGGGCUCACAAAAUCAAUAAUGCUGUUGCCCAAGCUUUGCUUGCUAAGCGUCUGGGCAAACAACGUAUUAUUGCUGAAACCGGAGCGGGUCAGCAUGGAGUUGCCACUGCUACUGUCUGUGCUCGGUUUGGUUUGCAGUGUAUCAUCUAUAUGGGUGCUCAAGAUAUGGAGAGGCAGGCCCUUAAUGUUUUUCGAAUGCAGCUCCUUGGGGCUGAGGUUAGGCCAGUCCAUUCUGGGACAGCUACAUUGAAGGAUGCCACAUCUGAAGCUAUUAGGGAUUGGGUGACCAAUGUAGAGACAACCCACUAUAUUUUGGGUUCUGUUGCAGGGCCACAUCCAUAUCCCAUGAUGGUAAGAGAAUUCCAUAAGGUUAUUGGUAAAGAAACAAGAAAACAAGCACUGGAGAAAUGGGGUGGAAAACCCGAUGUUCUAGUUGCAUGUGUUGGUGGGGGUUCAAAUGCCAUGGGACUAUUCCAUGAAUUUGUCGACGACAAAGAUGUUAGGUUGAUUGGUGUUGAGGCUGCUGGUUAUGGAUUGGAUAGUGGUAAGCAUGCUGCAACAUUGACUAAAGGAGAAGUUGGCGUGUUGCAUGGAGCUAUGAGCUACCUACUACAGGAUGAUGAUGGACAGAUUAUUGAGCCUCAUUCUAUUAGUGCAGGUUUGGAUUACCCUGGCGUAGGACCUGAGCACAGUUUUCUCAAGGAUACAGGACGUGCCGAGUAUUAUAGUGUUACUGAUGAUGAAGCAUUGGAAGCUUUUAAGAGGCUAUCUCGAUUAGAGGGCAUCAUCCCAGCUUUGGAGACCUCUCAUGCACUGGCUUACUUGGAAAAGCUCUGCCCAACUCUCCCAAAUGGAACCAAGGUCGUACUUAAUUGCAGCGGCAGAGGGGACAAGGAUGUUCAGACCGCUAUCAAGUAUUUGCAGGUUUAAUGGUUCCGUGAUUUAAACCCAAGGGUCAUUUUUACUUAAGAGUGUUCUUAGUCCUCUUUGGGUGAAAAUGAAACGAAAAAUAAUAAUAAUCAAGAAAAUAGGAAUGUUGUUAGUUCAAGUUUUUUUGUCUGCUUUAGAUCCCGCUUUUUACAUGCACCAGCUAGUGAACAAAAAUUUUAAUUAGAAUCUUUGUUGUUUCCUUGUUCUUUUGGGAAAUGUCUUUCUAGUUGUCUUGUAGACUGUGUUUGUAAUCGCAGUGGGGACAUUCAUGUCUCUCUUUGGACCAAAGUUUUCGUUGGAAUUUUAUACUUCAUGAUCGCCAAAACCAAUGUUUGCGGUGCC